AUGAACGGCGCCGAGAUCGACUCCACCCACCCGUUCCACAAGAACAACCACAAGGUGCAUGUCAUCGGCCAGGGCCGUGGCGGGUUUCCGUGGAAGGACGUCGAGGAGGCGGUCGCGGGCGGUGGGGCCGAGUACUUCAACCUAGUUAACCCGCCGUACAGGGACGGCUUCACCCUUUAUGGUGGGGAGGGUGAUUUCGUGGUCGUCCGCUAUGAGAUCACCUUCCCCGCAGUGAGCAUGUUGCACUGCCAUAUGAUCCAUCAUUUUGCGAGCGGGCAGCAGGUCAUACUGCUAGAAGCCAUGGAGGUCAUGCCGCCAGUUCCUCAGGAGCUGAAAGACAAACCACAUGUUGACUUCCAAUUCCCGCCGCGUUAUGGUCCUUUGGAUUGA